CACCGCCCUCCGCCUCUACUUCGACGUUUCGCCAUUGCUGCUCAGUUGUGAUGAAAUUUCUGUUUGAUGCUUGCAGUGGUAUUCCCAGUACUUGUUUCAGCGCCGCUUUGUUAAUUGGUGAUGUUGCGCUUGAUCUAACACCGCAACGCCACACAUUUCCAUGGAUUGUGUUGAUUUCUAUUCUCUUUUUGAGGAUUCGGAUGGGAGGACCAUUACUUUGCCUGCUGCUUCAGAAUUUGACUUUCUCAUUGUGGGUUCUAAUGUUGUCAAUGGGGAUAUGUGGCAUAGGAAAAGCAUACCACAGUCAAAAUUUCACUUCCAAAAUGAUGUGAUUGCAAAACAUUGGACACUUCAAAAUAUUUGGAGGAAAUGGAAGGACUUCGUUAAACCGAGAUGAACUGAUUAGUAAGUGUCCAAUUGGAAUUCAUAGAGACCAGUGGUCAAGUUUUGUCAACUAUCGUUUGUCUGAAAAAUCUAAGAAAAUGUGCCGAAAAAAUGCUGAAAGUAGGAAACAUCAAAAAAUUGCGCAUUCUUGUGGAUCAAAGAGCUUUGCUAGGAGAAGGGUUGAGAUGGAAAUUGAGCUCAGGCACAGUGUUAAUCGCUUAGAACUAUGGAUUGAUACCCACAAAGUAAAAAGAGGGUCAUAUGUUAAUGAAGAAUGUAGAAUUAUCAGUGAAAAAAUCAGAAAUGAAAUGGAUCAAGGCUCAUCUUCUCAAUCACAAUUUGUUUCACAAGAUGACCCUGUUGGCAAAACCUUUGGAAAAGAACACAAUGGACGUGUUCGUGGGUUAGGUUUUGGACCAUGCCCAUCUAAGGUAUUUAACAAUACUUCAAGGAUGACUGAGAUGCAUGGGUCGUCUAAUGAUAAUCAAAUGAAGGAGUAUGUGUCUACUUUGGAGAAAGAGUUAGCUGCAACUAAAGCUCAAUUGCAAAUUCAAAGUGGUACGCAAAAGCCCAUGGGAUGGGCUUUGUUGCUGUUUUGGAAAAAUCUUUUGGCAAAGUUCCUGAACAAUUUGCUACCUUCCUUAACCAAACAUCUCAACCACUGGCUGUUGUUGGUCAUUGAAGUUUCAACAGUGUUAAAUAGUUGAUUGAAGUGAACAUCACCCUUAGCAGUUAGCACCACCCAAGGGAGCCAUUGGGAUAUUAGUUAUACAUUAAGAAAAGCGGUUUGUAUGCAUUUCUAUAUUGUUGUGCAAACAUCAUUGAUUUCAUUUAACUAUUUAGAAUCGAGCCUUGAAAUUUAUACUAUGAAAUGUAGGUACCUGAUGAAGGAAGCAAGCACCAAUCUUCACAAGGGAGUGGAAAGCAAAAUUCAUCAUCUAGUCUAAACUGAGUGGAGACAACUCUAAUUAGUUUCAUGUUUUAUUUUAAUUGGUACCUGGAUUUCUAAUGGUGUGUCUAAAAUUGAGUAUGUUGAAAUUUUGUAUCGACUCUAAACUAUUUGUGAUUUCUCAUGCAAAGUUUAGAUUGGUUUGUAAUUAGCUAGUAUUACAUUGAAGAGAACUUGCUAGAUUGCCUAA